UAUAUAAAUAUAAAUAAAAUGAUGUAUUUGAGAUCCGACUUCCAGCCUGAGAUGGCUUGGUUUUGGAGUGAUUUGUAUUCACUGAAAUCAAUGAGAUCUGAGUCUAGCUGGGUAUUGGCUUAAAAAUCUGGAAGUGAAGUGGGUGGCAAGUGGCAGCUCCCUCUUUCAUGUAGUUUUCCAUAAUGCUCAUAGAGUUUUCUCAUGGUUAAUGUGAUAUAAGUGGUAUUGAAUAAUUAUAUUAAAUGAAUAUUCCUUUUUGGAAUUCAAAGUUGACUCACUUUUUGAGGGGGGGCGUGGCAAGGGAUAAGAGACUUUAUUUUAACUAGAGGCAUUCUUAUAAUGUAAAGAUGUGCUCUAGAAAGAAUAGGAGAACAAAAAGUAUACCUGUGAACAUAUAUUUUGUCUUAGUGAAAUUGUGCAACACAGGUAGGUUCAGAAUUGAAGGAAAAAAAAAAGGUUGAUAGUUUUGUCAAUAGUGUGAAAAUGUGUUUUGGCUAAAAUUAUUUUUGUAAGUUGUUUAAUUAUUUCAUUUUAUAUUCCCUUUCCCAUAGCCUUUUAGGCAAUUCAUACUUAAAACCAACAAGUAAGAGGCCUCUCUUCAGAUCUGAUUUAUUUUUGGAAUGCCAGAGUGUGUUUCUGGAUUGGGGGGAGCUGGGAGUAAUGUUUUAAUUCUUGACAUCCUCUUCUCGGCAUGUCUUGCUAGUCAUUCUGGAUCUUACUGUUUGCAAAUUGUGUUGAGAAUUCAGUGAUGUGUUUGAAAAGAGAAAGUCCUCUAUGACAUAGUGUGAACGUUUGUGGCUGGAGCCUUGUAGCUUUGUUUUUAAUUUGAGUAGAAAGUUAAAUUUCCAUUGUUCAGAUUUUAGGCUUUUGUAGUGGAAUUGUGCCUGGUAGUUGUCUAAAUAUGGACCAAUUUGGGGACACUAAGGUUGACAAAUGUGUAUCUGACUCCAAAUAAUCCUUUACUCAAAACUAUAAGGCUUGCAUCAUUAGAGUUCUCUUAAGUUUUACGUUGUCAAAUCUUUAACUGUGGAUGAUGAUCAGCAUUAUAUCUAUGAAUUUCCUUUGGGAAAAGAGAAAAAUUCAGUCUCCAAACUUUUUCUUAGAGACUAAAUUUACCCUAUAUGGAAAAUGAAAAAUAUUUUAGAAAGUGGCUUUGAUUAUUUUUAUGGAGUUUAAUCAGCUUAAUUAAUUAUUUUUCCUAGUUUGAAGCACUAUUUUUUGCAAAUGUGAAUAAAAGGAAAAGAUCAGCAAUUUGCCCCCUGCCCUUUAGGCUCUUUAGUUUUCUGCCCCCAUUUCCCAAUCCUGAUAUAAGAUGAAUUACGGGUAUCCCUCUAAGUACCUAUAACCCCUUUUUGGGGUUACAGAUUCCUUUGAUAAUCUGAUGAAAGUGAUGGACCCUCUCCCCAGAAAAAAAUGCACAUAGGUAAUUUUGCAAAUAACCUCAGGUGCAUCACAUAUCUUCUGAAACCCAAGUUAAAAGAUCUCGGCUCUAGAUAACUCUAUAAAGAACAUUUUAAUUCAGUUGAUAAAAUUAAUAACUAGCUAUUGGCUUAAAACAUUUCUGGAAUUACUGUUAGAUGGUGGCCCCGAUUAGCGAAAUAUGACAUUGUAACCAGCUUUGUUAGAUAUUACAACAUCCAGACAGAAGGAAGAAAGCAAAGUUUUGAGAGCUAUUUAUAAGGAGUCAGGGCAUCUCUAGACAUGGGAGCCAUUUCUGGUUCAAGGCAGGGGUCAGAGUGCCUGAUAGCUUCUAGCAGGGUAGAGUUUGAUAAACCACAAUGCUCAGGAUGCCAAGGGGUUAGCCAUUAUCUUAACCCCUUCCUCACCAAAAGAUUUUAGUUUUGUCUAUUGGGAAACAAGAUGUCACUAGGAAAAAAAGAUUUGCCUUACAACUUUGCUGGAACACAUCAGUUUGGUGAUAUGUGGGACACCAGUAUUAUUUUUGAGAAGGUGCAUAAAACCAAAGUAAAUUAUUCUCUGUGUAGAACAUUAUUUAUUAGUAACAUUUCUUUGGAUGUAUUCACUUUGACAAUUUUUACCAGUAAAUAUUGGUUUUAUUUAAAACUUGGAAUCCAGUUUAUAAAUAGGAUAGUUGAUAUAUCUGUCCUUUCCCCCAUGUAAAGACUAGUUUAAAGAUUUAUGCAUACUUUUUACAUUUCUCUCUUGAUGCCAUGAAAUGGGGUGGGUGGCGGGGUGGAGAUCUUUGAGUCAACAACUGACAAGAUGUCUUCUCCAAAUUUAAAAAUUGAGAAGCAGCACUUUAAGUCUAACUCUACACCAUUUUAGUGCAUGUAUUAGUUUUAAUAAUGAUUUUUGGUGCAUGCCUUUGGGCUUAUUCAAAAGUGUACAAUAGGAAAGUAUAUUUCCUUUCUUAGAAAGGAGAUGUUUUUCUACUUUGCAACAUGUGAUUACAAAAAUCUUCCUCUGUGGGAAGAUUAACCAUGUAUUGAACUACUGAGAAGUAUAUAUUUUUAGAUAUACAGAAGGAAUCUACAUGGAGCAGCAUUCAGACCUAUAUAGAAGUCAUAGCAUUCUGUAUAGGACCAAAAAGGAAAUAACAUUAAACACUUAAACAGAUUUUGUUGGGUAGAAAUACCUUUAGAUCUUGCAUUGACUUACAAAAAGAAAAUGCCACAGAAGUUUGCUGAAAACUUUUGUUGUUUGAAUUUUCUCUGUCAGUGUAUUUAACCCAAAUACAACAGUUUUGGGUUUACACAUACAUUAAGAAUCAAUAAAUCAAAGCUAACUAAAUAGAUCAGUCUGGUUUGCCAAUCCAGCUUGACUGAAAUAAGUAAACUAAUCACUUGCAACAUGAAAAACUGUCCAACUCCUAAGGUUUUGACAAAAUAACCUUGGCUGAUGUGGGGAGAUUCCCACUUUGAUUUCUGACCUGACAGUGAAGAUUCAUACUUCACCUGAUUUCAAACCUGACUAUGUCUGUUUAAGGAGCUAUGGUACAGUUUGCUAAUUCAAUCUCAGAUACCUGUUGAUUACCUGUAAGAUCUAGAGUCCAAAGUAGCCAGCAGCUGUAUCCCUGAGUGCUCUGUGCCCAUCAGAUGUCUUAAAGUAAGCAGGGUUGGGACAAGUCACAGCUCAGAUGAGUGUUCUCAGGUGCUGUGGACAGCCCCAGCUUCAAGAAUUGUAACUGCUUUCUUGGGAGUCAUCACUGAAAUAAUGUCCCACAUGGUGUUACUUACUGUAGUUGCUCUCUCUUUGAGGAGGCCCAGAGCACACAUUCUAAUAGCUUGUGGCACUCAGAGAGGGGGUGCUAACUCUGAUGCCCUGGCAAAAUUCCAGUUUAGGGAUGUGGGUCUUCUUGCCAUUCUAAUUGGAAAUAUGCAUUGCUUUCCAUUUUCCCUGUUGGUCUCAAUGCAAACCAACCUAGUCUGUUUCUUUGCCCCAGUCCCAAGUCUCUUAAGAUGCUGGUGUGUAAUAUAUGGGCCAAGUUCUUGUCUUAUCCCAAUUGUACAAGAGUUAAGGAUUGAUUGAGCGCAGUGUCAGAGUGCCCUGUACCUGGAGGGUAAACUCUUGUAAUACUUCGGCGAUAAAAUUGGCCCUCUUUUAAUAUAAGUUGGGGAGUGUGCACUGGCCAGAGGCUUCUAUCCAUGAGGUGUGACCUAAAACCUAUUUUCCCUCUUUUCUUAUAGCAUUUUGAGAAAAUCUGUUGGGUUUUCAGUAGUCAGGGAAGGCCGGAGUUCUGCAGCUUUAAUCUAGGUAACUGAGGCUGGUUUGAGCAAGACUUUGGUUAAUUAACUGGAUUCUCAGAUGCCACAGACUCCGUGAAAAGUCACCAUUAUUUUCAAUGGUUGUGAUAGAAUUUCCCCCAGUAGCCAUUAUUUUAAGAUUAUAUUACAGAGUUGCUUUAUUUGAGCUUUUUGUGUAUACACAAUCCCAAACUGGAAGAAAUUAAAAAAAAAAAAAAGGAAUCCUGCUGUGAAAGGUAUAUAUUACUCUAGAUUUUUCUUACUGUAAAUAUUGUAAGAUUGUAAUACUGUCGAUAUUUUAUUAACCAACAAAUGUUAAUCUAUGUGAAUUCAGACUUAUUUUAAAUGUGCUUCUUAUUUACUGUGUGUGGUUCUUGUUGCUGACAGUAUUAAGUUAUAUUCUGAUGUAAGAUUAACUUUAUUAAAGAAUGUAAACAUUAAUGUUUCCUUAUGGGAAAACAAAUAAAGUAUAAAGAAGACAAUUCUUUUCAGUAAAAUAUACUAUGUAUUUACACUUGCUAGACCCAGCACCACUUAUAAAUUUAGUACAUUGUUCAGAAUUUUAGUUAACACAGCUGACAUGGUUGUGCUCUGUUUGAAAGUCUAAAAGUAGGUAUUGUUGGAAUAUAAACAGUUUGUUUUUGUCUGCUGUGAAUCAUCUUGAAAUUUCUAAUCAAGUUUGUAAAAUUUUUAUAGUAAAGCAUUUUAAUGACAAUUUAAAAAUUUAUCUUCUCUAAAGAAUGGUCAAAGUGAUAUCCUUUCAGAAAUAGAAUUGUUCUUUAAUAUCUUUCCAAAAUGACUUUGGUUAAAUGGACCAGAUGUGUAUCAGUUAAAUUUUAGGACAAAGUUGUGAUAUUCUUUGAGUUUACAAGUUAAUCCUUAUUGGAGAUGUGCCAAUUACAUAGUAGAAUAUCAUUAAUUUGCACUGUUUGGGGACCCCAUUAAGAAUGCUGAAAUUUGCCAACUAAGAAGUAAGCAAAUGCAAUUUAAAAAGUAAAUUUGAGCAUUCUGUAUUAAAUAUGUGUAGUUAUCAUAUGAAGAAGCACUGUGUGUCAGGCUGUAAUAUAACCAUACUUGCUGUCAUGUUCUCCCAUCUCAGUGCUGGGAACUCACCAUGUGGAAACCAAGCAAAUGUGUUGUGCAUCAGCCGGCUUGAGUUUGUUCAAUAUCAAAGCUGAAACUAGCGAGGUCUGCUGUACUGCUUAUUGAAGUAUUGUGAUUCUUUUAGGCAUUGAUUCUUACAAAAUAUAUACUGUAACAGUAUACUUUGUACAGAUUUAAAUUUUAUUUGAAAAAAAUGAAAUAAAGUAGGCAAAAAAUAAA